UACGAUCGUCACCUCCAGCAACUGGGCUGGUGUCAAAUUUAGAAGGGAUUUAUCUUAAACAAUAUAAUUGAUUAAGUAUAUUAAGCCAAUUGUAGUAUUACAGAUUAUAAUUCAGUGAUUAAUAGAGAGAUAUUAUUAAAGGAUGGCAAUUUCAGAUAUUUUUACCAAUAUAUUUGGUGGUCUUUCGACCGAUUUUAGGAAAAAGAACUUUUCCUUAUAUGGUCAAUGGAUUGGAAUAUUAACCAUAUUCUUAUGUCUUGCAUUAGGGAUUGCUAAUAUCUUUCAUGCUUCAUUGGUUAUAAUUUUUUCAAUAAUAUGUAUUGUUCAAGGAUUGGUUGUUACAUUUGUUGAAAUCCCAUUUUUAUUAAGAAUUUGUCCCUUAACUGAUACAUUUGUUAAUUUUGUUAAGAAUUUCGAUGAAAAUUUACCAAGAUGUGGAUUUUAUCUUUUGAAUGCUGUUAUUCAAUGGGUUUCUUUAACAGUUCAAGCUACUAGUUUACUCGUAGUUGCUAUUUUAUUUACAAUAAGUUCUGCUUGUUAUGCUUUGGCUUAUUUCAAGAAGCAAGAAUUCUUAAAGACAAGUUUACAAGUAAAUGAUCCAAAUGAUGAUUCAUUACAGGGACAAGUCAAUGCUCACAUUGUCAGAAAUGUCUUAUAAUCUUUUCCACAUUAAUAAUUCUAAAAAUAAGAUCCAAAAUGGUAUAAUAAAAAAACUUUGAAUUUUCAUUAUUUGUGGUACAGUUUAACUUAUCAAAUACUACUAAUUUCUUUUCAAAUCAUAUUAAUGAUUGCUUAUUUAAUUUUGCCCUUAAUUGAAUAAUGGUUUGCUUUUUGUUUCACUCCGAUUAUUAUAGUCUAGUUUCCCUUUCAUUUAACGAUGUAUGAAAUACGUUUCUUGAUGUAUAUUAUUAUUUUAGCUUUAUCUUAGUUUAUGGGGAUCAUAUCAUAUGAAUGUAUGUAUGCCUAGUUACAAC